AUGGCCGACGAGGAGGUCUCGUCACCGGACCCUGCCGCCGGUGCUAUCUUCGUGGCUAUCUGUUGCGGGGCGGCGGUGCUAGUGUACUUCAUCCUGGAGGCCUUUCUCCGGCCGCUUCUCUGGGCGGUGCUGUGCGGCACCUUCCUCCACCCUUUCAAAUACUCCCUCGCCCGUCUCGGACGCUCUUGGCUCAGCGGCCUGCAGGACACCGGGACGCCCAUCGUGGUGGGAACUCUGCUAGUGCCGGUGUGGUGCGUCAACCACACGGUGGACUUCAUGGGGCGGCAGGUGAUGGAGAAGCUCCCCCUGCUCCUCGCCAUCGGAGCUGGAGCGCCGCUGCUCUACGUCCUCUACGUGUCUUGGAGCGUCGUCGGGAUGCAGGUGUUUCUCGGCCACCUUUGGGGGGUCAUUGCAGCGGGGCUGGACUAUUUCCACGCGGUCUGGGUUUGCACAGUGGUCAUUGGCUAUUUGUUGGCAGUCUGCUUUAAAUGGAGUCCCCACACUGAAGGCUACCUGAGGUCCGCCGCCCUGCCUGUGUGGACCACUCUGCUUUUCUACAUUGUGUCUUUGACGGGCUCGUGGAGGGUUCCUUUAUUUGUGGUGGUGGUGCUGCUGCUCAUUGUGGGCUCCCAAGAGAAGCCCCCUGUCCGUGGCAGAGGAGAGCUGCCUGGGCAAGUGUUGUCGUUUGCUGCUAACACGAUUUACAUGGCCAUUGCCUGUGGCAGCCUGCAAUCCAAAACUGAGCCUGGCGAAAGAUGCACCACAGAUGGUGACAGCGACUCGGUGGACAACCUCGCUGCCACCCCAGCGUUCACUCAGAGCUCUCGAAGAGUACCGACCGCUCUUUUCCAGAAGAAGUCCUCCCACAAGGCCAGCGACAUCUACUUCAUCCUCUUGGCCUGGGCCAUAGUCCUGGUCCAGAUCUGGCUCAACUUGUGGGUCCUGCAGCUCCUUCCCAUCCCCGUGGCCGUGUGGGUCAUGAAGAAGCUGGUGGUCCAUUUUGGCCUGAAGAGUUUUGCGGCGAGGACUAUGAGCUUGUGGUGGGCCAUGCUGGAGAAGUUUGGGCGGGAACGAGAGGAGGCUCUGCUGCCGGGUCCGAUCAAAGGCUUGGCGCAAUUCUUGCUGCGUAUUGACACAAAGGUAACACUUGUCCUUUUGUUCAGAGAUUUGUGUGGCCGUGUCCUGCAUGGAGAGCUGCCUGGGCAAGUGUUGUCGUUUGCUGCUAACACGAUUUACAUGGCCAUUGCCUGUGGCAGCCUGCAAUCCAAAACUGAGCCUGGCGAAAGAUGCACCACAGAUGGUGACAGCGACUCGGUGGACAACCUCGCUGCCACCCCAGCGUUCACUCAGAGCUCUCGAAGAGUACCGACCGCUCUUUUCCAGAAGAAGUCCUCCCACAAGGCCAGCGACAUCUACUUCAUCCUCUUGGCCUGGGCCAUAGUCCUGGUCCAGAUCUGGCUCAACUUGUGGGUCCUGCAGCUCCUUCCCAUCCCCGUGGCCGUGUGGGUCAUGAAGAAGCUGGUGGUCCAUUUUGGCCUGAAGAGUUUUGCGGCGAGGACUAUGAGCUUGUGGUGGGCCAUGCUGGAGAAGUUUGGGCGGGAACGAGAGGAGGCUCUGCUGCCGGGUCCGAUCAAAGGCUUGGCGCAAUUCUUGCUGCGUAUUGACACAAAGCUGUGGCAUUGGCUUAACAAGCAGAUGGUGGUGUGGCUGGAGCGCUCUUUGGAUAAAAUCAUCAGCAUCUUCAUCAUCAUCCUCCUGGUCGCAGGGACCAUCCUCAUGGGUCUGCUCCUCACAGCCAUGGUUCACCAUGAAAGCGCUCACAUCAUUGACGUCACCGGUAAUCUCAUCAACGAGACGGUCUCCAACCACCCAGAGUGGGCAAACUUGCUCCCAGAAGCUCGCGUGAUCCAGAAGGCUGUGAAUUCAGCUGCCACUAACGUCUAUGAGCAUGGAAGAGAGUGGAUAACGCAAAAACUUCAGAAGAUGUUGGGGGACAAGGUGAACAACACGGAUGUGAUCGAGAAGCAAGUGCUGGAGCUCUGGGACCGACUCUACCACUCGUGGUUUGUGAAGAAUGUGACCCACUCGGGUCGCUCUCGUGGUACCAAGUUGAAUAUUCAGAGAACAAACAGCUGGUUGGUGGACAUCCUGGACUGGAAGGACGUCGCCUCCUUCCUUCAAGAGAAUAUUGAGACACUGUGGUCUAUCCUGGAGUCACUGUGGGUCGUGAUGAGCAGGAACGUUGGCCUCCUCAUCACCACCACCACCACACUCCUCACCGUCGUGUUUCACAGUGGCACAGCUCUGCUCAAUUUUGUCCUCAGCCUGGUGAUUUUCUUGACCACCCUGUUCUACCUGCUGAGCUCCAGCGGAGAGUAUUACAAACCCGUCAAGUGGGUCAUCAGCCUGACCCCUCUCUCGCAGCCGGGACCCUCAUCCAACAUCAUAGGGCAGUCUGUGGAGGAGGCCAUCAGAGGCGUGUUUGAUGCCUCUCUCAAGAUGGCCGCCUUCUACGGCCUGUACACUUGGCUCACUCACACCAUCUUUGGCAUCAACGUGGUCUUCAUUCCGUCAGCCCUGGCCGCCAUCUUGGGCGCGGUGCCCUUCCUGGGCACGUACUGGGCCGCCGUGCCCGCCGUGUGUGACCUGUGGCUGGCGCAAGGCGAAGGCGUCAAGGCCGCGCUGCUGCUUGUCUGCCAUUUGCUGCCCACCUACUUUGUGGACACCGCCAUCUACUCCGACAUCUCUGGGGGGGGUCACCCCUACCUGACCGGAUUGGCGGUGGCGGGCGGCGCCUACUACCUGGGUCUCGAGGGCGCCAUCAUUGGGCCCAUCCUGCUGUGCAUCCUGGUGGUGGCGGCCAACAUCUACAGCGCCAUGCUGAUGAGCCCCAACUCGGCAGCCCCUACGCCCAUCCAGGCCGGUUGGCCCCAGCCCGGCAACAGGGCUUUCUCUGAGUCAACGCCCUCGGUCCUGAAGAAAAGUAGUGAGUAACGCCACUGCGGCGGAACGUCAGCCGGCUUGACGGCUCCUCCACAUGCAGCUCCGCAGGUCCGGUGAGAUGCCGCUACAGGAAAGGUGGCCUCACAGCCGCUCCCCCGCGAUGCUUUGCUGUUGCUGCGGCAUCGCUCGGAGCAAUGAGGUGCCUGCUGCUGUCAACCAAAAAGAUGAUACGAACCACGUCGUCUCGUUGCCAAAAUAGUUUUGCCAGCUCUACAGGGUGAGGUGGACUGCUCACACCCCAAUGCACAACAACUUCUUUCCAAAGACUGUAGGCAUUUUUUUGGGGGGGGGGGGGGGGGUUAUGGUCACUCAUGUGUAAGGUUGCAAAGGACCACAAAAGUUGGUUUAGGGUUUAAGAAUACUUUUGGAAAUAUCAGUUGGACAAGUUAGGUACUUGAAUUACAAUUAGU